AUGGACACGAAUGCACUUGUCGAGCUUAUCCAUGAAGUGCAAGGACAGCUCUGGGUCGAUAAGAUGAACGAGACCCACAGAUUGGGCCGUCUCUGUCCGUGGGUAUCUACAUUCCAUCCUGACAAACUUUCUUGUAAACUCGAGGGUGCAUUCCACCAUGGCGCAUUUAAUGCCGGCCUGAAAAUGGUGUUCAGUGACAACACUGUCUGGAUGGUACGUUUCCCUCGCGUGGGGAAAACCUGCGACGACUACACCGAUGAGAAAGUGGCGAUGGAGGUGGCGGCUCUGGGCCUCAUCCGUGAGAAGACUGCCAUCCCCGUCCCGAGAGUCCGCGCGUGGGGCCCGGCUGCUAGCAACCCACUUGGUCUCGGUCCCCUUAGUGAUCUCCUCCGGGAUCCUAAUGCCGAGCGCCCCAGCCGACUUAUGAGGGAGGACAUCAGCGGCCAUGAUGUUGAAACAAUCUAUAGACAGAUGGCGGGAAUCAUGCUUCAGCUUUUCAAAGUCGAUUUUGACCAGAUCGGCAGUCUUCCUCCGCCGCCACUGAAGCAAGCUCAUUGCUCUACUUCACUGCCACGCCCGCUAACAUUCAAGGCACACAGUAUCUUACAGAAUGGAGGAGUGAACACUUUCGGUGACCGAACCAAGGGGUUUGCGACGACAACAGAAUACUUCCAGUAUGUUGUCGGUCAGGACUGGGAACAGCUUGUACACCAACCAAAUUCAGUCUGCGGCGAAUACGAUGCUCAAAACAAGUAUGUGGCUCUCAAGGCACUAAGAUCCUUUGUGCCAGACUUGGUCCAUCCAAAAUAUAACCAUGGCAAUUUCAAGUUGAUAUGCGACGAUUUCGGCCUUGCCAAUCUGAUUGUCCACAGUAAGGAUGAUCUCACUGUUGUUGGAGUGAUAGACCUCGAGUGGACCUAUAUAGGACCCGCGCAGCUGUUCGGCUCGGCACCCUGGUGGCUUCUGCAGGAUAGACCUGUAAAUAGCGCCUGGGACUACAAUGGCGAAGAGCCACCCGAGAUCGCUGCAAGAUCUCCAGGCCACGAAGAGAAAGAGCUUUCGAGCCUCGUCAAGUGGUCGCAAGAAUCUAGAGCCAUGUGGCUCCACUUACUCCUUUCCUCCAGCUUCAACGACCACCGCAGUUUUCCUUUUACGAAGCUUCGACAGCAUUUUGGGGCCGAUGGCUGGGCAAAGCGAGAGAAAGAAUUUGACUGUGCAGGAGAAAUGGAGGCAUUCGCAUCGCGAAAGGUGGGAGAAUUAGAUAAGUAUGAUGAAGACCUGGAGCAGAUCGAAGAGAACAAAGCUCUCAUGGACAACGGGAGAAUGACCAAGGAAGAAUUCAUUCUCGCUGCAGCAGCAAUAAUAGAAUCUCGCAGCUCUUCAUCAUCUACGGUGAACGAUGAACUAUCGAGUGACAAGGUACUAUACCACAUGCCGUAG